AUGUGUUCUGAUUUUCCCUUUUUUGCUUUCGUGACAGGCUUGGGUGGCGAUAUGGAGGUGCCUUCGCCGAGGUCCGAGAUCGAUGCUGGUGGAGAGGACCAUCAUGUUGGGACAGAGCCACGAUUGCAACCAGCAUCGAACCUCAAUCAUGCAGUAGGGGAAGAUCGGCUAGAGGGUGUGCCUUCGUCCCCGUCGCCUCUAGCACUGCAGUCUAUUCAACUUUCAGGGCACGAAUCCAUGGUCAACGAAGCAGAAUCGACAACCCUAUCAUCCUCAAGUCCAAUACCGAUCUUGGAGCAAUUUCCAGACAUCAUAGGGGAAAACAAUCAUGUCACGGUGUUAUCCAAUCAUGCAUCCAUUUCUGACCUGGAGGCUUCAAUGAACGCAGGAGAGGCCUUGGAAGAGCAUAUUCUGGCAGUACAUCCUCAGCUGGACUCAAUACCCGAAGAAACGACUGAGGAUGAUGCAGAAGAGGAGGCCGGAGCAAUACCCUCACCUCUAGAACCAAAUUCGGUACCAUUGUCAGCUCCAGCAACAUUUCCAGCCGUGGAAUACGCAACAGAGCCGGUGGCGUGGACACCUCUAGCACCUUCAAUACCAAUAGAAGCCCCGACACAAGCUCAUACAGCACCACAGAGCUUCAUUGAGACCCAAUCUGCUUCCAAUUCUGUUCCACCUACACUUUUCAAUCACCCUUUAUACCCAGAAGAUUCAGGAGAUGCAUCCUCCACAGCAUCAACAACCGGCGAGGCAAGCUCUGUUUUCGACGACGACUACUACUCCGACACCUCCAGUUAUACCGCAUCGCUCCUCUCAGAUGUCAAAAACUACGCCUACGAGAACGGACGAAGAUACCACUCCUACCGUGAAGGCCACUACGUCCUCCCAAACGACGAGCAGGAACAAGACCGACAAGACCUCCUCCACCACGUCCGCAACCUCGUCCUAAACGGCGCCUUACUCCGAGCCCCAGUGGGCAAAGAAAUCCAACGAGUCCUAGACAUCGGGACAGGGACAGGAAUCUGGGCCAUCGAUUUCGCCGACAGCUUCCCCAGCGCCGAAGUAAUCGGCACCGACCUAAGCCCUAUCCAACCAUCCUGGGUACCGCCCAACCUCCGAUUCUUGGUCGACGACGCCGAAUCCCCAUGGCUCUACAGCUCUAGCCGGCCAUUUGACUUCAUCCACGCGCGCGACCUGGGCGGAGCAAUCGCUAACUGGCCGCGGCUGCUGCGCCAGGCCUACGAGCAUCUGCGUCCGGGAGGCUGGGUCGAAUUGCAGGAAUUCGAGGUGACUCUCCGGUCGGAUGACGACUCACUGCGUCUGGCACCGACGUUGUGCGAAUUCCUCGGCCGCCUGCAUGAGGCCAGCGAGGCGUUUCACCGACCCAUGAAUAUCGCCGAAGGACACCGUCAACGAAUGGUAGAGGCCGGUUUUGAAGAUGUCAGUGACGAGGUGUACAAGGUUCCGUCGAGUGCUUGGUCGAGGGAUCCUGUACAAAAGCAGAUCGGUCGAUAUAACCUGUGUUCCCUUUUGAUGGCUGUUGAGUCUUACUCGCUGGCUCUGUUCACUCGUGUGCUGGGAUGGUCCAACAACGAGACCCAGGUGUUCCUGGCUGGCGUACGGAGGGAUCUGAGAAACCCGGAUGUUCACACAUAUUGCAAUCUGCAUAUUGUAUACGGUCGGAAGCCGUGGCAUCGGGCUAGCUGA